GGCGGGAGAGCCUGGAGGAAGGAGGAACAGAUCCUCAACCAUGAGCUCCAGCCAGCCAGGGACCUGCCCAUGCCAGGGUGCUGCAGGCCGCCCAACCAUCCUGUAUGCACUUCUGAGCCCCAGCGUCAGGGACUGGCCCUCUGUGCCCCCAGCCCGUGGCCGCUGCCUGUGCAGGCAGCACCGGCCCGUCCGGCUGUGUACUCCCCAUCGCACCUGCCGGGAGGCCUUGGAUGUUCUGGCCAAGACGCUGGCCUUCCUCAGGAACCUGCCGUCCUUCUGCCAGCUGCACCCCCAGGAUCGGCGACAGCUGCUGCGGGGCUGCUGGGGCCCCCUCUUCCUGCUUGGGUUGGCCCAAGACACUGUGACCUUCGAGGUGGCUGAGGUCCCAGUUCCCAGCAUACUCAAGAAGAUCCUGCUGGAGGAGCCCACCAGCGGUGCAGGCAACGGCCAGGUGCCGGAUCGGCCCCAGCCCUCACUGGCUGCAGUGCAGUGGCUUCAGUGCUGCCUGGAGUCCUUCUGGAGUCUGGAGCUGGGCCCCAAGGAAUAUGCCUACCUGAAAGGGACCAUCCUCUUCAACCCUGACGUGCCAGGCCUCCACGCCUCCUCCCACAUUGGGCACCUGCAGCAGGAGGCGCACCAGGCCCUGUGGGAGGUCCUGGAGCCCUGGUGCCCAGCAGGCCAAAGCCGCCUGGCUCGUGUCCUCCUCACGGCCUCCACCCUCAAGUCCGUUCCACCCAGCCUGCUUGGAGACCUGUUCUUUCACCCCGUCAUUGGAGACGUUGACAUCGCUGGCCUCCUUGAAGACAUGCUUUUGCUGAGGUGACCUGCUCCAGCUCAAGCAGAGACU